AUGUCCAAUACUAAUAAGGACACAUCAAUAAGAUAUAAGAUAGAAUUAGGUUCAUCAAUAUUAGUGGCAGAAGACGAAUCAACAUUUUCGUUGAAUAAAGGUGGCGAAAGAGGUGAAGGGGAAAUUAGAGUAUCAGAAGAAGAAGUGGUGGAUGAAGAGGAAAUAGUGGAAGAAGUAGGAACAGUUGAGGAAGUGGAAAUAGUUGAAGGAGAGAGUGGAGUGAUAAACACUAAUAAUUAUACCACCACCACUAUCACUGAGGUUGAAAUGGAGAUGAAUGUAGAAGACUACAAUGUUAUCACCGAGGGAAAGGCUAACAUACUUUUCCCAAAAAACAAUGAAGUUUUUUAUAACAAUGUGCAACAAUUUAAUCGAGAUAUGUCAAUCGCGGCAAUUAGAACAUGGAAUGAAAUAAUUUCCGAAGAAAAAGAAACCAAGCUACGAAAAAAAGAAAAAAAGGGAAAUAACUCAAGUGUAGAAAGUCAAUCUGAUUCAAAGAACUUUUAUAAAUUUACAAUUCUAGAAGCAUUGUCAGCAAGUGGAUUAAGAUCUAUACGUUACGCAAAAGAAAUACCAAAUAUUCAAUAUAUUAUUGCUAAUGAUUUAGAAUUAGAUGCUGUGAAUUCCAUCAUUAGGAAUGUAGAAUAUAAUAAUAUAGAUAAAGAUUUGGUGAGAGCUAAUCAGGAUGAUGCAUGCGCAGUUUUGUAUCAACAUAGAAGUCAUUCGAAUCGAUUUGACGUUAUUGAUAUUGAUCCGUAUGGAACGGCCGCUCCUUUUUUAGAUGGUGCGGUUCAGGCAGUUCAAAACGGAGGUUUACUCUGUAUUACUUGUACUGAUUUGGCAAUUCUUACUGGUUCUAAUUAUCCUGAAAAAUGUUAUGCUAAUUAUGGAUCAAUUCCUAUCAGGGGAGAGCAUUGUCAUGAAAUGGCACUUCGUAUUUUGAUUAAUACAAUUGCAACAUCUGCUGCAAGAUAUCAUCGUCAAAUAGUUCCUGUGUUAUCAUGUAGUAUUGAUUUUUAUAUUAGAGUUUUUAUUAGAGUUUUUAGUUCACCUCUUGAAGUAGGAGGUCCUAUAUGGAAUCAUUCCAUUCAUGAUAAAGAUUUCGUUCUUAAAAUGUUGGAUCAUGUAAAAUCAUCCAACGAAGAGACUUACAAAACACACGCAAGAAUGUUGGGAAUGUUGACAGUUAUUUCAGAGGAAUUGGAUAGUCCGCUUUAUCAUAGCAUACCGGUACUUUCUGGAGUAAUUCAUUGCAUUAGUCCACCUUUGAAAACUGUUUGUUCUGGAAUUUUGAAUAAAGGAUACAAAGUUUCUGCAUCACAUGCAGCUGCAAACGCAAUAAAAACCGACGCACCAAUGAAUGUAGAACCUCCCUCAAGAAAAAUCAAAUUAGUUAGAUAUCAACAAAAUCCAGAAAAAAAUUGGGGACCAAAACCAAGAGCUUUGGGAAAAAGAAAAAUUAAUGAUGUAGCCAAAAAUGACAAUGAAAAUAAUUCAACAAAAAAAUUUAAUCUUGAAGUUGAAACAUCAUCAUCAACCAUAAAAGAUGAAAAUGUUUGA